UAUUAAACAUUGUUUAUAUAUCGAACAGUCUGAAUAUCCCAUAAUGUUACGUUGAAUGUGUGUUCGUGUCAACACGACAUUAUAUCAACGUAGAAGCACGCGACAGCCGUAUGUACAAGUGGAUGUACAUACAUAUGUAUAUAUGUAUGUACAUACAUACAUGCAUACGUAUGCACGACGCGUGUAUAAUAUGUGACGUAUAUAGGGGUCGGUGAGGAACUGAGGAAGAGAGAGAGAGAGAGAGAAACGACGUGUGUCAAGUUACCAAGCGCUGUCAUUUCUGGCGGUGCUUCGGUCGCGUCGCGUUGAGACGCGGUAGUGUUUUCGAGCAUUUAUUUUAUAGAAACGAAUCUCGCCAAGGCAAACGUGUGUUUACGUGAAACCUGUAAUCUUUACGUGAAAUGGCGGACACGACCGUAGAUGCAACGCGACGCUUAAAUGUGAAAAAACAAACGCUGGACGACGCUUAUGCGGCGCCUGCGAAUUUCCUUGAAAUCGACGUGAUUAAUCCGAUCACACACGGCGUCGGCAAGAAACGAUAUACCGAUUAUGAAGUUCGUAUGAGGACAAACUUACCAGUCUUUAAAGUAAAGGACUCGACAGUAAGAAGACGAUACAGUGAUUUUGAAUGGCUGAGAAAUGAAUUGGAAAGAGAUAGCAAGAUUGUGGUACCACCUUUACCAGGGAAAGCAUGGAAACGUCAAAUGCCUUUUCGUGGGGACGACGGAAUAUUUGAAGAAGAUUUUAUCGAAGAUCGAAGAAAAGGCUUGGAGGUUUUCGUUAACAAAAUAGCUGGACAUCCUUUGGCACAGAACGAACGGUGUUUGCACAUGUUUCUACAGGAACCGGUAAUAGAUAAGAACUAUGUACCUGGAAAGAUACGUAAUACAUAAGUCGCCAUAAAAAAGUAUCACAAAUACCUUUUCCACCAAGCUGUCACAUUCGAGAUCGCGUUUUCAGGCCUGCUCCUUUUAGCUCAAGUUCUUGCACGGUUUAUCUUGUCUCUUUUUCUCUCCAAUGUGAAGAAAAAAGAGAAAAGAUGAACAUGCGACAAGUUCGGUUAAAAAGAACAGGCCUUUCAUUACAUUGACAUCUUAUUUGGAAGUCACGAAUAUUCGUAUAUAUUCUUGCAAAAACUAAGUAAGCUUCCAGUACUAUGAUAUCAACGCAGGAUGCUUAUUUGGAAAUAUCCACUUCUAGUUAUACUCUUUAAAUAUUGUUACACGAAAAGUAUAGUUAAGCAUCUUUAUAAAAAAGCAAAUAAAUGAUUUCGUGGCAAAACCAUUCUCACAUGUUACUAGAUUGAUUCUGUCUACUGUUAUGUCAUAUACUGUUUAUAAAAGAAAGAAGUGAGUAAAAUAAAAAAAAUGUUGAUCAUAAAA